AUGCUGUACACAAAGAUGGCGAGCCCGCUCGGGCUGGCCCGUUCCACAUCGGCAGCACGAAGCAUCUCGACAUUGAUGCGCCGCUCUGCCAUCGCAUCCGUCGUCAGCCCAUACGCUGCUGCCACUGCCUCUGCAUCGCGCAGCGCCCCUCUCGCCAUCAGCCAGUGCGCUCGCACCGCCUUCAGUUCCAACCUCUCCCAAUCCAUCCGUGCUCUCUCUCAAUCUUCCAACACCGCAGAGCCCGCCUUCGCCGCCGCCAAGGCAGCCGACGUGGAUCUCAACCAGCUCCCAAAAGAUGCGCAAUCGUCGGCUGCUCGCACAAAGGACGCCACCUUUGCUUCGCUUCGCGGCUCCAUCGACUAUAGCCUCCUCAAGGCCCUCACCGUAAAGCCAUUUGGCUACGAGACCAUGUCCGCGGUGCAGCAGAGCGUCCUUCACCUCCUCCCAGAGCUUGCCAGCGGCGUCGGUGCAAACUCCACGCCCAUGCCUGAUGGUCAGGGCAGGGACAUGCUCGUCAAGGCAAAGACCGGUACGGGCAAGACCAUCGCAUUCCUCGUUCCCGCGCUCGAAGCUCGCCUGCGAUCCAUCCAGGACGUCAGCAAGGGCCGCUUCUCCAAGCCUUGGCUCGACAUGCUCAAGCGACACAGGCCCGACCUCGACGUCUCCAGCCUCUCCAAGAAGGAGCUCGACGAGAUCACCAAGCAGUACGUCAACAACACCGUCGGUGCACUCAUCCUCUCGCCCACCCGAGAGCUCGCAACACAGAUCGCAGACGAGGCCAAGAAGCUCCUCACACAUGCUCCCGAUCUCAAGGUCCAGCUGCUCGUCGGCGGCGCCAGCCGCAACUUCCAGAUCAACGACUGGAGGAGGUCGAGGCCAGACGUCGUCGUCGCCACCCCCGGUCGCAUCCUCGAUCUGCUCAACGACGUCGGUAUGAUGCGCGAGGCCAUGACCGCCUGCCGCACCCUCGUCCUCGACGAGGCCGACACGCUUCUCGAGAUGGGCUUCCGCGACGAUCUCCAGGCCAUCAUGAAGCAUCUUCCCGCCAAGGUCGAGCGCCAGAACAUGCUCUUCAGUGCCACCGUCAGCCCAGAGAUCCGCGCCAUCGCGCGUGCCAGCUUGCAGCCCGACCAUCGCUUCGUCGACUGCGUGCCCGCGGGCGAGGAGAACGUGCACAAGCACAUCCCACAGUACGCCACCGUCCUCGAGACCGCCGAGGAGCAGAUUCCCCACAUUCUGCGACUCAUUGCACACGACCAGCUCGUCAACCCCGGCAAGUCCAAGACCAUCGUCUUUGCUCCCACCACCAAGAUGACCGAGUUCUUGGCCGACGUCAUCCGUGACGCCCAGCGCCACUUCCCGGCCCAAUCGAGCAUCUACGAGAUCCACAGCAAAAAGGACCAGCGCGCACGAUUCAACACCAGCGACCGCUUCCGCAAGGACAAGAGCGGCGCCAGCGUGCUUGUCACCAGCGACGUCAGUGCGCGUGGCGUCGACUACCCCGGUACCACCCGCGUCAUCCAGGUCGGCAUCCCCAGCAGCAAGGACCAGUACAUCCACCGCAUCGGCCGUACGGGACGAGCCGGCGCACAGGGCCGCUCCGACAUUGUGCUCCAAAACUUUGAACGCGGCUUCCUUCACUUCCAGCUCGACGACCUCCCUGUCAACCAGCUCCACGUCGACGACCUUGCGCAAGAGGUCGAGACGCUCGCUGCCAAGUUUGACGAGAAUCCCCAAGAGUUUGCUGUGCCCGACGAGGUGUUCGAGGCUGCCAGACAGGCUAAGAAGGAGCUCAAGAAGGGCGGCCGCGGCCGUGACAGCUUCAGCACUCCAGGCGCCAAGCCUCCCGCUGAGAUCCGCGGUCCUCUGACGGGCAAGUACGAAUCGAGCGAGCUCAAGCCCCUCAUCGCAAAGACGCUCGCCAACAUGGAGGAGUCCGAGGAGUCGCGCGAGGUGUUCACCUCGCUGCUUGGCUUCUACAUGGGCCGGGGCGACGAGCUGCGCACCAACAAGCUCGCCGUUCUCGACGGCCUCAAGCAGUGGUGCGUCCAGGCGGCCCGCAUGGAGAAGGCGCCUCACCUCAGCGACUCGUUCUUGCAGAAGAUGGGCAUGUCCAUGCGAGACAUGCGAGGCGGUUCGUCGUCGUCGCGUGGUGGUCGCGGUGGCAGCGGCGGUGGAUACCGUGCCGACAGCUCGCGAUCUUUCGGGCGUGGUCGCUUCAGCAGGGACGGCGACAGCCGCGGAGACAGCCGCGACUUCCGCGGCAGUCGCGACGGUCGUGACAGUCGUGACAACCGUGACUUCCGCGGCAGCCGCGAUGGUCGAGACAGCCGUGGCGGACGCAGCAACUUCGGUACCGGCCGCGACGCUCGCCAGAGCCGCUUCGGUAGCGACAGCAGCGCCAGCAAGUGGUAA